AUGAGAGUCUAUAAGAAUGCUGCUAAUAUUACUAUUACCCUGAUCCCUCAGUCUAUGUGCACUGACAGCUGCCAUCCUGGUUACAGAAAAGCCACUAUAGAAGGACGGCCUAAGUGCUGCUAUGACUGUGUCCCAUGUUCUGAAGGAGAGAUCUCCAAUGGCACAGAUUUUGAAAAUUGCCUGCAGUGUCCUGAGGACCUAUGGCCUGAUAAAGACAAGGUGAUGUGUAUUCCAAGAAUCAUAGAAUUCCUCUCCUAUCUGGAUCCACUUGGUGAAGUCAUGUCAGUCCUGGCAAUUUUCCACUCUGCUGUAACAGUUGCCGUUUUAGGUGUAUUUAUAAAGCACAGACAGACUGCAAUUGUUAAAGCCAAUAAUGAGAAUCUCAGCUACUCGCUACUAAUUUCACUCGCCAUGUGCUUCCUCUGCUCUUUGCUUUUUAUUGGACGUCCUGUAACAGUGACCUGUAUGGUUAGACAAGCUGCCUUUGGAAUUAUUUUCACUCUUGCUGUUUCCUGUAUUUUGGCAAAAACAGUCACUGUAGUCAUUGCCUUUAAUGCUAUGAAACCCAACAGCAAAUUAAGAAAAUGGAUAGGGAAAAGAAUACCCUACUGCAUUGUAGUCUUCUGCUCCCUUGGAAUGAUGGUGAUAUGUGUCAUUUGGUUGCUCAUCUUUCCCCCUUUUCAGGAAUACGACACCCAUACAAAGCAUGACAAAAUCAUACUACAGUGUAAUGAAGGGUCAGACGCUAUUUUCUAUAUUGUCGUUGGUUACAUGGGGGUUUUGGCUUUUCUAAGCUUUGUUGUGGCUUUUUUUGCCAGAAAACUGCCGGACACUUACAAUGAAGCUCAGUACAUUACCUUCAGCAUGCUGGUCUUCUGCAGUGUUUGGGUCACAUUCAUCCCAGCCUACCUCAGCACCAAAGGCAAAUAUAUGGUGGCUGUGGAGGUCUUCACGAUCUUGGCAUCUGGUGCUGGACUUCUCUUCUGUAUCUUUAUUCCUAAAUGUUAUAUUAUACUAAUGAGACCUGACCUUAACUCUCGAGCUUAUGUUACAAGAAAAGUUCAUUAGUAGAAAUUAUUACAUUCUUGUUUUAGAUUUUUACUGAAAUAUAUUUGAGUUAGACAGUUCAAUAAUUGUGAGGCUGAAUCAUCAAUGCCUUGACAU